CCCGCUUCCGCUUCCUCUCCCGGUCCAUGGCGGCCAUGAGCGAGUUCCGGCUCCACCACGACGUGAACGAGCUUCUCCGGCUCCUCCGCGCGAGGGGCUCCUGCGGGGAAGGCGGCGGCGCCGAGGGCUACGUGGAGCUGCUGCAGAGGAGCCAGAGCGGGCCCUUCCUCGCCACCUCCGCCGCCGCCCUCGGAGCCAAGGUGAAGAUCGCGGAGUUUUCUCGGACGCCGGAAGACUUUCUGACCAAGUACGACGAGCUGAAGUCGAAGAACACGCGGCACCUGGACUCGCUGGUGCAGCUGCUCUCCAAGCUCACCGAGGACAAGGAGACCCUCCAGUACUUGCAGCAAAAUGCCAAGGAAAGGGCAGAGCUGGCAGCCAACACAGCAGCCAACAGUGGUGGAGCCAGCAGCAGCGUCACUUUCUCCAUCCCCUCAACAGCAGCCAAAAUGACCGUCCAGGAGCUGGAGGAGUUACGGAAGCAGCUGGGCACCGUCACAACCAGCUCAAGCGCCCCACAGUCUCUUGAGCUGGUGCGGAAGUCGCUCAGGGACAAGCAGAACAGGAAGAACUCUGGGCAGCCCAUCCCAUCCUUUCCCGCCUGGGUGUAUGAGAGGCCGGCCCUCAUCGGGGACUUCCUCACUAGCUCCAGCCUGAGCCUGGACACCACGGUGCCUAUAGGGACUUUGCCUCUGGCAGCCCAGGAAUCUGCCGUGGUGGAGGACUUGCUCUACGUCCUGAUUGGGGUGGAUGGCCGGUACAUCACUGCGCAGCCAUUGGUGGGCAGAGAGAGCCGCACUUUCUUGGUGGACCCCAACCUGGAUAUGUCGGUCAAGGAGCUGGUCACCAGGAUCCUCCCCGUGGCAGCGAGCUACUCCAUUGUCACCAGGUUUGUGGAAGAGAAGUCUUCCUUUGAGUACGGGCAGGUGAACCACGCGCUGGCGGCCGCCAUGAGGGCCCUGGUCAAGGAGUACAUGACCCUGGUGACACAGCUGGAGCACCUGCAGCGCCAAGGCCUGCUCUCCCUGCAGAAGCUCUGGUUCUACAUCCAGCCCACCAUGAGGACUAUGGAGAUCCUGGCUUCCCUAGCCACUUCUGUGGACAAAGGGGAGUGUGUUGGAGGGUCAACACUCAGCCUGCUGCACGAUAAGACAUUCAACUACACAGGAGACAGCCAAGCCCAGGAGCUCUGCCUCUACUUGACCAAGGCCGCCAGCGUCCCCUACUUCGAAAUCCUGGAGAAAUGGAUUUACCGAGGCAUCAUCAAUGAUCCCUACAGUGAAUUCAUGGUGGAAGAGCAUGAGCUCCAGAAGGAGAAGAUCCAAGAGGACUAUAAUGACAAGUACUGGGAUCAGAGGUACACAAUCGUCCAGCAGCAGAUCCCCUCCUUCCUCCAGAAGAUUGCAGACAAAAUUCUCAGCACAGGGAAGUAUUUGAAUGUCGUUCGGGAGUGUGGCCGUGACGUCACUUGCCCCCUGGCCAAAGAGGUCAUCUACACACUGAAGGAGCGGGAAUAUGUGGAGCAGAUCGAGAAAGCCUACAACUACGCCAGCAAAGUGCUGCUCGAUUUCCUCAUGGAAGAGAAAGAACUUGUGGCCCACCUAAGGUCCAUCAAGCACUACUUCCUCAUGGACCAGGGGGACUUCUACGUCCAUUUCAUGGACCUUACUGAAGAGGAGCUGAAGAAGCAGGUGGACGACAUCGUCCCCACCCGGCUGGAGGCUCUGCUGGAGCUGGCCCUGCGGAUGAGCACAGCAAACACAGACCCCUUCAAGGAUGACUUGAAGGUUGACUUGAUGCCCCACGAUCUCAUCACACAGCUCCUGAGAGUCCUGGCCAUUGAAACCAAGCAGGAGAAGGCCAUCAUCCACGCAGACCCCACGGAGCUCUCGCUCAGCGGCCUGGAAGCCUUUUCGUUUGAUUACAUCGUGAAGUGGCCUCUCUCGCUGAUCAUCAACAGGAAGGCCUUGACGCGCUACCAGAUGCUCUUCCGGCACAUGUUCUACUGCAAACAUGUGGAGCGCCAGCUGUGCAACGUCUGGAUCAGCAGCAAGACGGCCAAGAAGUGCUCCCUGCACUCCUCCAAAUGGUUUGCUGGUGCCUUCACUCUCCGCCAACGGAUGCUGAACUUUGUGCAGAAUAUCCAGUACUACAUGAUGUUCGAAGUGAUGGAGCCGACUUGGCACGUCCUGGAGAAGAACCUAAAGUCGGCUUCCAAUAUUGAUGAUGUCUUGAGCCACCACACCAGCUUCCUGGACAACUGCUUGAAGGACUGCAUGCUCACCAACCCAGAGCUGCUGAAGAUCUUCUCCAAGAUGAUGUCUGUCUGCGUCAUGUUCACCAACUGCAUGCAGAGAUUAUCCCACAGCAUAAAGCUGGACAAUGAGCUGGGACGCCUGACAGUGGAGCACGGGACCAUGAGGGGCCCCCCCACUGAGCAGGAGCGCACAGAGGAAUCCGCCCGGAAGCAGCUGGCGAACAAGCUGUUAGCAGAGCAGGCUGAUUCCUUGCACAUCACCUCUGGCUUCGAGGCCACAAUCAACAAGUUUGACAGCAAUUUCUCAGCCCACCUCCUGGACCUGCUGGACAAGCUGAGCAUCUACAGCACCAACGACUGCGAGCACAGCAUGAUCAACAUCAUUUACAGGUUGGACUUCAACGGCUUCUACACAGAGCGGCUGGAGCACAUGUCUGCCGAGCGGAGCCAGAAGGCCGUGCUGCAGGCAGGGGCCCCCAGGCCUCUGGUGGCCACCCAGUGACCCCCUUCCCCCUCCCCAGGGGCUGCACCCAAAACUCCCUGGGUAAAUUUAGCACUUUUAUUGCAUAGGUAACCUAGAGCUGCAGCAAGACACUCCCACUGCAGCCGCCAUUGCUUGUCCAUAAAGAAUUGUGGCGUUUCUGGAUGCAUCUACUUUUUCAACACAGCUGAACAAUUUGGUGUAUUUUACUUGACAUAAAAAGUACCUGUAAGCAG